AUGGCCUCGCCGAAUUCCCUCUCUGCAGCAUACGACAGCGGCCUUUAUCAACAAUCGUCCCGACCCAUGUCCCGAUCCGCGGUUUCACGUUCGGGUUCCAGACGGGCGUCUCCGGCGCUCCACGCAGAACCCAAAACAUUGAUAUCGCGACACUACUCAGCCGGCGACAGCUCAGAUGAAGAGGUUCCCGAACCCAAGUUCAGCGCGUCGGUGAAGGCUCUUUUGGAUGGAGACGGAUUGGGUUCUUCGCCGAGCCGAAGAGCCGCUUCAUAUGAGCGACGGUCGGCCGCCAAUUCAAGACAACAAAGUCAAUCGCCACGAAAUACGUCGCCCCAUGAUCGCUCGAUGGGUAGCCCUGCUCCAAGGGUUGUUCGCAUCGGCGCGAUCUCUUCUGCUUCGAGAUUCUCUCGUGAGGGAUCCCCACUAUCAAACAGCCAAAGUGCCGAGUCCGAGGCGCAGGACCGUCCAAGUGAUUUCAUUACUCCUGCUCCACGACCUCGGAGUGUUCGGAUCAAUGCCUCGCGUAGUGGUACGCGUUCCCCAGGUUCCGUAUCGCCAUCCGUGAAACGUUCUACGGAACGGCAUUCAGGCGAUGAGUAUGGAAGUGCCGAUCGGUCUGAUAGUGAUCGGAAAUCGCGCCUCGAAGAUGACCCCGUAUCUCGGGUCGGUUCUUCCUCUGUUUUGCGCGGUCGCAACGGAGACGACAUUGGCCCUCAGAGCUCUCUGCGAGUGAAGAGGGUCGGAAGACUCACCGGUUCGUUCCUGAAUGGACCUGCUCGCAGAGGCGUACUGCGCCGGCAGAGUGAAGAAAACAACGAAGGCAACUAUCCGCUGAAUGAAGAUGCUAGAGAGCAUGAGGAAUAUGAUCAUGCUGAAUAUCGAUCCCGGAAGCCAUCAUCACCCAAAGUUUCCUGGGCAGAUCCUAGCCCUCCGCAUGAAACCGAGCAGCGUCGCUCAGAUCAACCGGCAAGCAUGGCCCCUAGCGAGGGUGUAUUUUCAAGAUCAUCGUCGCCCAAAUUUUAUGGGUCUCAAUCCAAGUCGACACCUGCGUCCUCAGAGAACUCUGCAAGAUCAUCUGGUGCAAGGGAACAGCCCGCAUUCAAGGUUCCUUCAUUACCGCCUCUGCCAUCUGGUAGGGACCAAGAAAAUGAACCGCCGCCGACUUUCAAGCGGGCCAAGCCCCAAGGCUUGAAUCUGUUGGACAAGCCGGAAAAGUUCUCUGUCGCUUACGACACUGACAAGAAGGAUCCUGCAGAGACACCAGCAGGAAACUCCCCUCGCAAGAUUCUUGCUCAGCGGAGUAAUAAUACGCCUCAUCGACCGGCACCUCCACCCCCGAAGAUGUCUAUGCUUGAAACUGCCACAGCCACAGGUGGCGCGUCUCAAUCUCGGAAGAAACGGACUCAAGUCUCCAUCAACCACAAGCACUUCACCCGGCUUGACUGCAUUGGCCGCGGUGGUAGCUCUCGAGUGUAUCGUGUGAUGGCUGAGAAUUACAAGAUCUUCGCGCUCAAGCGCGUGAAUUUGGAAGAUGUCGAUCCGGUGACUUUGACCGGAUACAAGGGCGAAAUCGAUCUAUUGAAGAAGCUUGAGAAUGUUGACCGAGUCGUGCGUUUGUUCGAUUGGGAGCUCAAUUCGGACAAGCAUUCUCUUAGUGUGUUGAUGGAGAUUGGUGAAUCUGAUCUGGAGAAAAUUCUCACCUAUCGACUCAACGCCGAAGACGCCAUUCUCGAUAUCAAUUUCACUCGCUACUACUGGAAGGAGAUGCUGGAGUGUGUCCAAGCUGUUCACCAUUACAACAUCGUUCACUCCGAUUUGAAACCUGCCAACUUCCUCUUGGUUCAAGGACGGUUAAAGUUGAUUGAUUUCGGCAUUGCCAACGCCAUCCAAGACAACACCGUUAACGUCCACCGAGAACAACAGGUUGGCACACCGAAUUACAUGUCUCCCGAAGCCUUGGUCGACUCGAAUGCAUCACUUGGACUGCCGGCAAGCGUUGGCAAGGUGAUGAAACUGGGCAAGCCCAGCGAUGUCUGGAGUUUGGGCUGCAUUUUGUACAAAAUGGUAUAUGGACAGCCUCCAUUCGCCAAGAUUGCCAAAUACUACGAGCGUAUCAUGGCAAUCCCCAACCCUCGUGUACAAAUCGACUUCCCAUCUCACGGUGUUGGUGGUGUUCCCGUACCUCCUGGGCUGAUCAAAACCCUCAAACGCUGCCUGCAGCGCGACCAAACCCUCCGACCGACCAUUGAGGAAAUGCUCGGCCCGCGGGAUCCAUUCCUGCACCCCGACGCUCAGCUCGAAGGAGCCGUCCCCGUCACCCAGGACAUGCUCGGUCGUAUUCUUGCCAACGUCGUCAACCACUGUAAAGUCCGCGGCAUCCCCAAGGAAGAAGAACUCGCUGCAUGGCCUGCGGGCUUCUUUGCCAAAAUCAAAUCAGCUCUGGAAGAAGAAAAUUCCUGA